AUGGUGCAGUCGACAGAGCUUUCGCAAGCCCUCAACGUGGUGGUGCCCGUCCUCCAUCAGCUCCACCAAACGCAUCAGUGUGCGGCCGAGGAGCGUGCGAACCAACAGUCGGGCCUCAUCUUCAUCGAGCUCGGUUUGGCCAAGAACGACUUUACUUCGGAUACAGACGAAGGGGCCUGGAGGCUGCUCAAACGCAAGGAUACUGGGAUCGAAGAGAGCUGCCAGGCACUGCUCGGAAAGUGCCGGUAUAGUCACCAUCGAUGGCUGGGGUGUCUUGACGCAGUCGGUACAGUUGAUCAUAAUGGAGCCCUGUUGACAGACACGGUGGACCAGCUCGAAAAUGGUUUCGACGUCGACUACCUAUUCAUGGUGGUUCUCCGGAAAGGAAGCUCAUCUGGAGUUAAGAUGAUCUGGCCUGCGGCCAGCACGAAUGGCCGCGGGCCUCUACCCACCUCUGCGCUCGUUGAGUUUGCUUUUGACCUGCAGAAAGUCACACCAUUCAUCUUCACGGGCUUCUUCGGCAGGUUGAUAGACUUCUACACUGUUCUCUACAAGGAUGUCACCGCCGAUUUCAGCGGCCAGUCACCAUUCUGA